UCGUUCCGUGCGGUUGACAUUGCAAUUUCGCUCGAGGCGCGCAAUUCUCGGUCAGUGACUACGCAGAGUUCAUCAGCGACAGUCCGAUUUCGAUGAUUUCAAAAGUCAGUCCUUAUCGCAAUUUCAAAAGCCAUCUUUUAGCGAGCAUCUGCACCUGAGGACAGAUCCCCAAGCUUGUCUAAAUCCAAAGUUCGCAUUUUUUAAUUGGCCAGUUUCUCAGCUCCACGCAGAGUACAGAUCUCUAGUAAAAUUACACAACAUAUGACGAAAGAGCGCAGCUGUCAAACAUAAUCUACACUAAUUUUUCUGAUCUCGGUCUGGCAGGAAUUACCGAGCGCACUAAUUGGUUUUAAAAAUUAAGCGAAAUUCAUGGCAGACAAUUAGGCGAAUCGCAGAUGCAGCGGUGAAGAUGAGUCGGAGUCUGUCCCACGCCCGGCUCUUCUCAAUUCCCGGAUAGAAUCGUAAAUCGUAAAUCGUGAAUCGUGAACGGAGGCCAGUGGAUGGUGCGAACACAAUGCUCGAGGUGGACAAGAUUCUGGAGAAGUGCGGCGACUUUGGCCGUCUUCAACUGCUGAUGCUGCUGCUCUUCUGUGUGAUCAAUGUGCUCUCAGCCCUGCACUAUUACUCCCAGACCAUCAUCAGUUUUGUUCCCAAGUACUGGUGUGCAGAUGGUUUGGCCGCCAACAUAGAACCGCCGGCUGAGUCAAGUUGCCUGCCACUAAGCCGGAACAUUAGCAGCCCGAGUACCUGCCACAACUAUGACUACGAUCUGUACAUGGGCUACCAGAGUUUUCCCAGCGAAAUGGACUGGGUGUGCGCCGAUGCCUGGAAACUCACCCUUGGUCAGUCCAUGUUCUUUGUGGGCUCGGUGGUGGGCUCCAUGGUGCUGGGCUAUCUGGCCGACGUGGUCGGUCGUCUGCCCAUUCUGAUCGUGGCCAAUCUGAUUGCCAUGACCGGCAACCUACUGACCAUUUGGAGCAGCAACGUUACGCUUUUCUGUAUUUUCCGCAUGAUUUCGGGCAUUGCCACGGACAGCAACUUUGUGAUGAUGUACAUCUUGGUUAUGGAGUACAUGCGUCCAUCAGUGCGCACCCUUGGCCUAAGCAUUUGCAUUGGAUUCUUCUACUGUCUGGGCUCGAUGGCGGCACCCUGGAUCGCCGUGCUCAUGCACAGCUGGCGGGGAUUCCUGGUGGCCACCUCCCUGCCCCUGCUGGUGGUGCCACUUUUCUACCUAGUCGUGCCAGAAAGCAUUCAGUGGCUGAUUUCCAUGCAGAAGUACGACAGGGCAGUGGUCUGCCUGAAGCGAGUGGCCAGGAUCAAUGGAAGGCAGGUGGAGGAGAGCUCUUUCGAGGAGUUCGUCGAGGAGUGCAAAUUCAGCCAGCAGAACCACAAGACCUCGCCCCACCUGCUGCACCUGUUCAAGACGCCCCGCCUGCGCCGCCACACCCUGAUCCUCUUCUUCAAGUCCAUGGUCAUCACCCUCUGCUACGAUGCCGUAUCGCGAAACGUUCAGGGCCUUGGCAUUUCGCCAUUUGUGAUGUUCUCGCUGAGCGCCACCGCAAUUCUGCCGGCCUGCCUGCUGAUCAUCGCCCUGCAAGAUCGCAUCGGACGCAAGGCGAUGGCCUCCGCCUCCCUGCUGCUGAGUGGCAUUUUCAUCUCGGUCACCGGGGGCAUCAUCUUCGCAGCCUCUGCAUCGGAUAAGACCACCACAUUGCUGGUGAGCCUCUCCGUGGUGGGUCGCUUCGGGGUGACCGUGGCCUACAAUUCGGGGGCGCAGUAUGCCACCGAGCUGAUCCCCACCUGCGUUCGCGGCCAGGGAGUGGCGGCCGUCCAUGUGGCCGGCUAUGCCUUCACCUUCUUCAGCGCCUACAUCCUGUUCACGCGGAGCAUCUUCUCGCCGCUGCCCGAGAUCAUCCUGGGUGUGCUGUCCCUGUUGGGGGCGUGUCUCUGCCUCCUGCUGCCAGAGACCCUGCACCGCACGCUGCCCACUUCGCUGGAGGAUGGCGAGAAGUUCGGAAAGAACGAUCGCUGGUACACCUUCGGUUUUCUGGAGAAACGCACUCAGUCUGCGGCCACGCUGGCCAGCCAAAACGUCAAGAUGUACUCGCAAUCAAUGGAAUCUGCCGUCUACUUUUGAGUUGGCACGUGGAUCGUUUUCGUAGACAAUGGACGUCACUUGGAUACUAUCACUGCACUCGUAGUUUUUCCGUAAAGCCCACCAAAUGAUAAGUGUUUAUGAUAAAAACAACGGUUACAAAGACUUAGACUUACAUUUUUAGAAUUAGGUUACAAUUAGUGUACACUUUACACAAGAAAAGUGUGCAAAUAAUAAAUAAAAAUGUCUUGAAAUAUGA